CACUCCUUAGCUACUCCCUGCUCUCAUUUUAUUCACUCCCUCGUAAUUUACCAAUCCCUGCACCCUUUCAAAUGCCAAUCCUCUUCGUUUCUUCCUCACCCAUUUCCUUUUUCCGCUUCUAAUUCCGGCAAUUCCAUCCUUAUGGACGUAAUUUUUGCCUCACUCCCAUUACCCAAUAAACCCCUUUCUCAAUUCCCAGCUCCACAUUGUCUCCAACCCUCUACACCCAUAAGAACCAGGUGCCGGACUAGUACCCGGAGAUGGAACUUCAUUUUCACGAGAAAGUGCGUUAAUUCCGUCUCAAAUGGGAACCGGGUACAAUUACUUGGCAUUCCAAGAAUUCCCAGAAGCUCGAACGCUUUACAAGAAGCUGAAGAAUCGAUUUUGGAGGACCUUAGUAUCUCAAAUUUUGUUAGUUUGCCUGUACACGAUAAGAAGAAUGAUGGGUUUAUGCUCAAUUGUAUUGCUAAGCCAAUUGUGUAUACAUUGUUCUGUAUUGCUGUUGGAUUUUUUCCUUUUAGGACAGUUAAAGCUCCCGCAAUUGCAGCUCAGGCAAUUGGGGAGACGGUUUUGAGUCAGAAAACUCAUGGGAAGGAGGAUGGAUCGCAUUUGAGGGGUCAUAAGUACUCGGAGUGUACGAGGCAGUUGCUCGAGACGGUGUCGGGUGUAUUGAGGAGUAUAGAAGAGACUAGAAAGGGUAAUUCUAGUGUAGCAAAGGUGGAGGAGGCAUUGAAGGCUGUGAAGUUGAAGAAAGAGGAAUUGGUAAAUGGGAUUAUGAGUGAGCUUCGUACACAAGUAGGGGAACUAAAGAGGGAGAAGAGGGAUUUGGAAAAGAGAUUGGAGAGGGUUGUUGAUGAAGUGGUGAAAGCUAAGGGGGAGUAUGAGAGGUUGGUGGCUGAGGGGGUUAGUGUCGGGGAGGAGGCGAGGAAGAGGAUGGACAGGUUGGAGCAGAUAUUGAGAAGGUUGGAGGUUGAGUAUAAUGAGAAAUGGGAGAAAGUAGGAGAGAUUGAGGAAAGUAUUUUGAGGGAAGAGACCGUUGCGCUCAGUUUUGGGGUGAGGGAGCUAGGCUUCAUCGAGCGGGAAUGCAACGAACUGGUGAACGGGUUUUCCCGGGAAAUGAGGGCCAGAGAGAAGGGUACUGAUAGAGCGCCAGAGCAAUCUCUUACAAAGCUGUCUAAAGAUUAUAUUCAAAAAGAUUUGGAAAAUAUGCAAAGAAAAACGUUGGAGCAAAAUAUUCUUCCAGCUGUCGUGGAAGGAGUCAGUCUUGGAAAUUUUUUAGAUCAAGAAGCAGUUGAUUUUGCUCGUCGUAUAAGUCAAGGUCUUAAAGAUUCUAGGAUGCUGCAGAAGAACAUGGAGGCUCAUGUGAGAAAGAAAAUGAAGAAGUUUGGUGAUGAAAAACGUUAUGUUGUUAACACCCCAGAGGGUGAGGUUGUGAAGGGUUUUCCAGAAGUUGAAAUGAAGUGGAUGUUUGGUGAUAAGGAAGUUGUGGUUCCUAAAGCUAUUAGUCUCCAGUUAUUCCAUGGCUGGAAGAAGUGGCGUGAAGAAGCUAAGGCAGAUUUAAAAAGAAACCUAUUAGAAAAUGAGGAAUUUGGUAAAAAAUAUGUGGCCCAGAGACAGGAACGAAUUCUUCUAGACCGAGAUAGAGUUGUAGCCAAUACUUGGUACAACGAAGAAAAGGAACGGUGGGAAAUUGAUCCGGUGGCUGUUCCCUAUGCCGUGACCAAAAGGCUAGUAGAUCAUGCCCGAAUACGCCAUGAUUGGGCUGCCAUGUAUAUUACACUUAAGGGGGAUGAGAAGGAGUUUUUCUUGGACAUUAAGGAAUUUGAAAUUUUAUUUGAAGAUUUUGGAGGUUUUGAUGGGCUAUACAUGAAAAUGCUUGCCUGUGGUAUACCAACUACAAUUCACCUGAUGCGUAUACCAUUCUCGGAGUUGGAUAUCUAUCAACAGUUCAUCCUGAGCAUAAGGUUGCCUUACAGUUUCUUGAAUGCAUUGUGGAAGACUAGUGUUGUGUCAUAUUGUAGAAGUUGGGUUUUCAAGAAAAUAAAAGAUGUAAACGAUGACAUACUAAUGAUGAUGGUAUUUCCCGUUGUCGAGUUUUUAGUUCCUUAUCAGAUAAGACUCCUGUUAGGGAUGGCAUGGCCAGUGGAAAGCAAUCAAAUCGUUGAUUCUACGUGGUACUUGAAAUGGCAAACUGAGACAGAAAUGAGGUUUAAAGCUAAAAGAAAAGAUACUCUCCAGUGGGUUGUUUUGUUUAUGAUUAGAAGUGCUAUAUACCUAUAUUGUUUGUUUCAUAUCUUCUCGUUCGUAAAGCGAAAAGUGCCAAGGUUUAUUGGCUUUGGACCAGUUCGUAGGAAUCCAAAUUUGCGGAAGUUUAGGAGACUGAAAGCAUAUCUUAAAUAUAAGAUGAAGAAAAUCAAACGUAAGAAGCGGGCUGGUGUUGACCCAAUUACACGUGCAUUUGAUAGAAUGAAGAGGGUGAAAAAUCCACCAAUACCUUUAAAAGAUUUUGCUAGUGUUGAGUCGAUGAGAGAGGAGAUCAAUGAAGUUGUGGCAUUUCUACAAAAUCCUCGUGCGUUUCAAGAAAUGGGUGCCCGUGCCCCUCGGGGGGUCUUAAUUGUUGGUGAGAGAGGAACAGGAAAGACAUCUCUUGCAAUGGCCAUAGCUGCAGAAGCAAAAGUACCAGUUGUGACGGUUCAAGCGCAAGAAUUAGAGCCUGGACUAUGGGUUGGGCAAAGUGCAUCCAAUGUUCGGGAGUUAUUCCAAACCGCAAGAGAUUUGGCACCUGUGAUCAUAUUUGUGGAGGAUUUUGACAUCUUUGCUGGAGUUCGUGGCAAGUAUAUUCAUACCAAAGAACAGGAUCACGAAGCUUUCAUUAACCAACUUCUUGUGGAGCUUGAUGGGUUUGAGAAACAAGAUGGAGUAGUUUUGAUGGCUACCACUCGGAAUUUGAAGCAAAUUGAUGAUGCUCUACAGCGGCCUGGGCGGAUGGAUCGAGUAUUUCAUCUUCAAAGACUAACUCAAUCUGAAAGAGAGAAGAUCCUACAAAUUGCUGCUAAAGAAUCCAUGGACGAGGAGCUCAUUGAUUACGUAGAUUGGAAAAAGGUUGCUGAGAAGACAUCCCUUUUACGACCUUUGGAACUAAAACUUGUCCCGCUUGCUUUGGAAGGAAGUGCUUUUCGAACCAAAUUCCUCGACACUGAUGAACUGAUGGACUACUGUAGCUGGUUUGCUACUUUCAAUGGUAUGGUUCCCAAGUGGGUGCAGAAAACCAGAACAGUAAAAAGCCUAAACAAAAUGUUGGUGAAUCAUCUGGGGUUAACACUGUCUAAAGAAGAUCUUCAAAAUGUGGUUGAUCUGAUGGAACCAUAUGGCCAAAUAAGCAAUGGGAUUGAACUCCUCAAUCCUCCUCUCGAUUGGACGAGGGAGACGAAGUUUCCGCAUGCUGUUUGGGCAGCUGGUCGUGGUCUUAUCGCUCUUCUGUUACCGAAUUUCGAUGUCGUGGAUAAUCUGUGGCUUGAGCCAUUAUCAUGGCAGGGUAUUGGAUGUACAAAGAUCAGUAAACGGAAAAACGAAGGCUCGAUAAAUGGGAAUUCGGAAUCAAGAUCGUACCUUGAAAAGAAGCUUGUUUUUUGCUUUGGUUCAUAUGUUGCAUCUCAAAUGCUACUUCCUUUUGGAGAAGAAAAUCUGCUAUCUUCAUCUGAGUUAAAGCAGGCACAAGAGAUUGCAACGAGAAUGGUGGUUCAGUAUGGGUGGGGGCCAGAUGAUAAUCCAGCAAUUUACUGCACAAACAAUGCGGUUUCUUUUUUGAGUAUGGGGGACACCUAUGAAUAUGAAGUGGCAACUAAAGUUGAAAAGAUCUAUGAUUUAGCGUAUUGUAGAGCAAAGGAAAUGAUGGAGAAAAACCGUCAAGUUCUUGAAAAGUUCGUCGAAGAACUACUCGAGUUCGAAAUUCUUACUGGGAAGGUUUUGGAGAGAUUGAUUGAAAGUAAUGGAGGAAUUAGGGAAAAAGAGCCAUUUUUUCUUUCUGGAUCUUCUUAUGACAGAGAGCAGCCAUUAACCAGUGCAUUUCUCGAAAGCGGAAACUCGUCCGAAACAACUCUUGUAGGUCGAGCAACAUAGAGCAAGAGAAAAACGAACGCGAUUUGGAACUAAAUCAUCACAACAAAGAAAAAAAACACGGGUUGCUUCUGUGUUUUUCUUUGUCAUUUUACAUCUUACCGUUAAUUUGAGUGUAGAGAUACGAUUUAGUUUAGAUCCGUUGAGUUUGGAGAUACGAUGUAAUCGAUGUAUUGAGCGCGGAGAGAUAUUAGGUAACUUUUUUAUGUAACAUAAGUUUUUGGGUAAGAAGAAGAGCAUCAUUUUUCGUUUGAAACUACAUGAUUUUGUAAUAAUUUGUUGAGCUCAAAUAUCAAGGAAAUAAUUUACGAAUGAAAAA